UUGGAGCUCGGUGGCCCGAAGGCAGUUUCUGGCUGGAGGUUAUGGUCGGCGCCGCCUUCAUUCCAUGGCUGCCGUUAUCCACUACUCCGCCGCCGGCGUGCCCACCGACACCUGUCUUCAAUCCAAUUUCUAUCCUCCUCAGGCUCCACGCUUUCCCCAGCUCCGACACUGUCCAUCGAAACCUCAACCACAACCAGGAGUAUGUUCUCUUUCUGCAUCUCGAACACUGCUUUCUCUCCCUAAAUCCAAUCCGCAGCUCGUCCCAUACUCUGCAACCUCCGCCACCCAAUUCCUCCCCAACCUACACCCAUCUGCUUCCAGCCCACCUCCCCUGAAAAGCCAUGAACCAGCUGCAAACGACUACUUCAGUUGGCUUCGGCUUUCAGUUCGUUACAGUGACGUUGAACUCGCCAAAGCGGUCCAUGCCUCCAUUCUCAAGCUUGAAGAAGAUACCCAAUUGUCUAACGCUCUAAUUGUUGCGUACCUCAAGCUCGGUCUCAUGGCUUAUGCUCAGGGAGUUUUGUUGAGCCUUUCGUGCCCGGACGUGGUGUCGUAUACUUCAGUUAUAUCGGGUUUCGCCAAGUCCAGUCGCGAAGCUGAAGCCGUGGAGUUUUUCUUUGAAAUGAGGGGAUCAGGAAUUGAGCCUAAUGAAUUUAGCUUUGUUGCCAUAUUGACUGCUUGCAUUCGUCUUGCGGAUUUAGAUUUGGGGUUUCAAGUUCACUCACUGGCGAUUAAAAUGGGUUAUACGGAGUACACUUUUGUUUGCAAUGCGCUCAUGGGACUGUACGGCAAAUGUGGGUGUUUGGAUUUUGUCCUUAAUUUGUUUGAUGAAAUGCCUCAACGAGACAUUGCUUCCUGGAAUACUGUGUUGGCAUGUUUGGUGAAAGACUUGAGGUAUGAUAGAGCUUUUGAAUAUUUUCGAGAUAUGCAAAGAUGCCUGGGGUUCAGAGUUGACCAAUUUACACUUUCAACCCUUCUGUCUGCCUCUUCUGGUGGUUUGGCUUGGAUGGGAGGCCGAGAAAUUCACGCUCACUUGCUCAGAAUUGGUUUUGAGUGCAAUUUGAGUGUAAAUAAUGCGCUUAUUGGGUUCUACACGAGGUGUGGGAGUGCAAAAGAUGUGGUUACUUUGUUUGAGAGAAUGCCUGUUAAAGACAUAUUUACUUGGACUGAAAUGAUUACGGCAUACAUGGAAUUUGGAGCUGUUGAUUUGGCUGUAGAGACUUUUGAUAAGAUGCCAGAGAAAAAUUGUGUUUCCUACAAUGCUUUGAUGGCCGGAUAUUGUCAAAAUGGCAGAGGGUCAAGAGCUUUGAGGUUAUUUGUUGAAAUGGUAGAGGAGGGUGUUGACUUGAAUGAGGCCACUUUGACUAGUGUCAUUAAUGCUUGUGGGUUGUUAAUGGAAGCGAUGACUAGUGAACAGAUUCACGGGUUUGUUCUCAAGUUUGGUUUUCGGUUGAAUAGUUAUGUCGAAACAGCAUUGCUUGAUAUGUAUACAAGGUGUGGAAGGAUGGAUGAAGCAGAGAAGAUGUUCAUUCAAGUGCCGAGCAACAAGAAUAGUCCAAUAGCGUUGACAUCAAUGAUUUGUGCGUAUUCUCGAAAUGGCCAACCAGAAGAGGCAAUUUCUCUGUUCUGCCAAAGGCUGUCAGGAGACAUGAUUGUUGAUGAAGUUGCAUUAGCUUCAGUUCUUGGUGUCUCUGGAACAUUGGGCUUAUGCAUGAUCGGGAAACAAAUCCAUUGCCACGCUCUUAAGCUUGGUUUUUGCUUUGAUAUCGGGUUGGCAAAUGCCACAAUGAGCAUGUAUUACAAGUGUGGGAACAUGGAAGAUGCAUUUAAAGUUUUCAGCAAUAUGUCAACUCAUGAUACAGUUUCAUGGAACAGUUUGAUUGCUGGCUAUGUCCUUCACAGGCAGGGUGAUAAGGCCUUACAUGUAUGGUCGGAGAUGGAAAAGGCUGGUCUACUGCCAGAUGCAGUCACAUUUCUCCUGGUUAUUUCAGCUUAUAGGCAUACCAACUCAAACUUAGUCGAUGACUGCCGAAAAUUGUUUCUGUCGAUGGAAACCAUAUAUGGCAUUCAACCCACUGCAGAACAUUAUGCGUCCUUGAUUGGUGUUUUUGGUUACUGGGGUCUAUUUGAGGAAGCAGAGGAACUAAUUGGUAAGAUGCCUUUUGAGCCAGAGGCCUCUGUUUGGAGGGCAUUGCUUGAUACUUGUAGAAUCCGCUUGAAUACAAAGCUAGGGAAAUUGGCUGCACAGCAAAUACUUGCUUUAGAGCCACAAGAUCCAUCGACAUACAUACUCAUCUCGAAUCUAUAUUCUGCAUCUGGGAGAUGGCAUUGCUCUGAGACAGUAAGAGAGGAGAUGAGGCAGAAGGGGCUCCAGAAACUCCCCGGUCGAAGUUGGAUUAUUCAUCAAAGCAAGGUUCAUUCUUUCUAUGCAAGGGAUAAAUCUCAUUGUCAAUCCAAAGACAUUUAUAGAGGAUUAGAAAUACUAAUAUUAGAAAGUAUGAAGGCUGGGUAUGUCCCCGACACGAGCUUUGUGCUUCAAGAGGUAGAAGAACAUCAAAAGAAGGAAUUUUUGUUCUACCACAGCGCAAAACUAGCAAUUACCUAUGGGCUUCUAACGACCAAGCCAGGAAAACCGAUUCGGAUUAUGAAGAACAUCCUUCUCUGUGGGGACUGCCAUACAUUUUUGAAGUACGUUUCAGUCGUUACCAAGAGGGAGAUUCAUGUUAGGGAUAGUUCAGGUUUUCAUCGAGUCUUGAAUGGUCAGUGCUCGUGCAAAGAUUACUGGUGAUAGGCCUAAACUGGCAAAAUCAGCCCUUUCUGUGUUUGGAAAAUACUUUCGUUCUCAUUCUCAAGUCACUAACAAGACUCGAGCUUUUUCUAAUACAUGUGUACCUAGUUGUAUAACUCUUCACAGGAAAUAUAUAUAUAUAAUAAAGUUCCAUUUGUUCAA